GGGAAUCGAACGCCGGUCCUCAGAACUGUGAGGCAGACGCUCUAACCAGUCCGCCCGACAUUAAACAUUCAGUCGCAAAUUCAACUUUCAGUGUAUUUCUCAACCUGUCGUGCAUGCGCCUUUAAACACAGGGUUGGGUCAAAGGGUCAUGCAUGUUGGUGGACUGAAUUCAGACGCUUUGUGUGACUUUAGAGGCAUAGUUUUACUGAAAAUCUUUGCCCAAACUGCAAAUUGUUUGACCUCGUGGGCAUUCCUCUGUCGUGUCAGUUUCCUUAUAAGAAACGUAGCCUAUGUGAGUGAUGCAUGAAGUCACUCCAAAGAUGGACUAUGGAAUGUAGAAAACGUAAUCAUUUGAAUCGGCUCACAUUAUUCUCAUCAAACUAGUCAGCGAUGUGGAGUGGUGAGAGAACAAAUACUUUGGUAUGGAAUACAAAUGCUUCAUUACCGUAGUUCAUUAUGGGAUUUUUCCAGGUACGGUAUUUGUACUUUGAGUUUUUUAUUUUCCUGACAACUUUUUACUUUUACUCCCUACAUUUGAAAACAGAUAUCUGUAGUUUGUAUACUUUACUAUGCCAAAAUAGGCUUGUGAUAUUUUUCAACCUCCACGGCUGACGACACAACGUAAAAAAAUCAUAAAACUAGAGUUAAAGUCAACCACGGUUGAGAUCUUAGGAUCUUAUAAGGCAUGAAAAACUGGAACAGGAGCUUCAUGGAAAACCGACGAUAAUGCAACAGAUUCGGAGAAGCAAGAUAUUCCCCAUCCAUUGCCUUAUUUAAAGUGCCUGUAAAGGGACCCAAAAUAUGUCCUGUAAAUUUGAUACAGCACAGAGAAGAAUGUUUUUAACAAGCGUCUCCAAAUGUUUUAAUUCGUUAAAAAAAAAUCAUGGAUGUAAAAUAAGGCUCUAAAAUCAUGAAAAAUGAGGCUCAUUUGGAGGUGCUAAUUUUCAUCCCAGCCGCUUUACACUCGGCUGCGAACCGCUCCAGUGAGAGUUGGAGAGCACGGCUUGAUGAAGCAAACAGAACCACAUCAUCUGCAAAAAGCAGAGAUGCAAGACUAAGGCCACCAAACCGGACCCCCUCUGCGCCUAGAAAUUCUAGAAAAAGUUAGGAACAGAAUCUCCAAGUCCUCAAAACACAUGUAGACUGGUUGGGGGAAUUCCCAUGCACCCUCGAGGACCCUUCCCCCACCAUCGGAGCCAACCCACCACCAGGUGGUGAUCAGUUGACAGCUCCGCCCUUAUCUUCACCCGAGUGUCCAAGACAUGCGGCUGCAAGUCCGAUGACACGACUACAAAGCCGAUCUUUGAACUGCGACCUAGGGUGUCCUGGUGCCAAGUGCACGUAUGGACACUUAAGUUCGCAAUGUUAGCAAACAAUUUUUGAAGUCAAGCCAAUGCUAGCUAGCUAGCUCUUGAACAGCAACAUCCUCUUCAAGCAUGGCCCACAGGAGCCUCAGUCUUCAGUCAUGUUAGCUUUGAGCUGCUGCAACUCUUCAUCCUCGCCACUCAUCCCUCGUUCCUUAAAUGUCAGCAGAGGGAAAAUGGCAGCCAGGGUGGCUCUUCAGAUGUCGCAGCAGGGAAACCUGACCACCGGCGGCGUUGUGGUGGUGGUGUUGCCCAUGACACUGGGCAUCGUGUCCAACAUCGUGGCCCUGUUUAUCUUGGCGAACGCCUACUCUCUCCAGAGACGGCGCUCCAAAGCCACAUUCCUCCUCUUUGCUACGUCCCUAGUAGUAACAGACUUCAUGGGCCACGUGAUCCCUGGUGCCCUGGUUCUGAGACUCUACCUUUCUGGAGGUGUGCGGCCGGAGGACUCCGGCUCUUCUGAUGCCAUGUGCCAGUUCCUGGGAGGAAGCAUGGUGUUUUUCGGCCUGUGCCCGCUCUUCAUGGGUUGUGCCAUGGCUGCAGAGCGUUGUCUGGGUGUCACCCAGCCACUCCUGCACUCCUCCCUGGUCACAACCACCCGCACUAAAAUGUGCCUGUCUGCGAUUUGGCUGGCUGCUCUCUGUGUGGCCUUGCUGCCGUGCUUGCAGCUGGGCUCAUACACCUAUCAGGACCCAGGCACCUGGUGCUUUAUUCAAGUGCUCGGCGACAUUCAUGAGGCGGACGUGGCAUUUGUGGUGCUUUUCUCUGGGGUAGGCCUGACCUCCCUGGCUGUGGCAGUGGUGUGCAACAGCAUCAGUGGACUGACGCUGGUGCUCGCUAGACUGAGGAGGAAGCCUGGGUCCCAUCAUUCGGCCAAGUCACAUGACAUUGAGAUGGUGGUGCAGCUGGUGGGAAUUACAGUCACUUCGUGCAUAUGCUGGUGUCCUCUGCUGAUCUUUGGCCUGAUGUCCGCGAUGCACUCCUACACAGGAUCUACUGGAGAAGAACUUUCCAACUACAAAAUGCUACUGGUAAUGGGUGUGAGACUGGCCACGUGGAACCAGAUCCUGGACCCCUGGGUCUACAUCCUGCUGCGCCGAACUAUCCUACGGAAAAUCUACCUCAUUGCAAAGUGCCAAGCGGGCCUGGGGGGUAAUUUAUUUGGAUGCUUGGACACUACAUCUCCUCCUCAGUCGGAGAAGAAUGAAAAAUGAGCUCUCUAAAAUGGGAGGACUGUGCCGCAAACAUUUUAAAACCCCUCAGAACUAAAUACGUUCAAUAAAAGAAUAUGUCUGAUGAU